GAGACGUCAGGACGCCCAAGCAGCGAGAACGCCGCCGCCCUAGGAAGCGCGGAGCUCUGCGGGUCGCGACGAGCAGCGCCGCCGCCGACGUCGUCCGCCGCCGCACGCCGCCGCCCUAGACACUUGAGGCGCCGCUGAAGAGUCCCAGGGGACGAGCGGCCGAGUGAGGAAGCAGCCUGGCUCCCGCGGUCCACCCCCUCCACCCCAAGGUCCAGAUGGCGGCCAACGUGGGUGACCAGCGUAGCACGGAUUGGCCCUCCCAGUACAGCAUGGUGGCCGGGGCGGGCCGUGAGAAUGGCCUGGAGGCGCCCAUGCAUGAGAACCCGGAGUGGGAGAAGGCCCGCCAGGCGCUGGCCAGCAUCAGCAAGGCAGGGGCCGCCGGCAGCUCAGCCAAGACCAGCAGCAAUGGGCCUGUGGCCGGCGCUCAGUAUGUGACCCAGGCCGAAGCAUCUGCUCUGCAGCAGCAGCAGUACUACCAGUGGUACCAGCAGUACAACUAUGCCUACCCAUACGGCUACUACUACCCCAUGCAGAGCAUGUACCCGAGCUACGGCUCCCCCUCGCAGUACGGGAUGACCAGCUCCUACGGCUCUGCCAACCCCCAGCAGCCAGCAGCGCCCCAGCACCAGGGGGGCCUGAACCAGCCCCCUGUUCCUGGCAUGGAUGAUGGCAUGGCCUACCCGGCGCCCCCUCAGCAGCUGCCCACCGCCCAGCCUCCACAACCUGCCAACCCCCCGCACGGGGCCCGGGCACUGAGCAGCGGACCCCAGCCUGGGACGGCGCCAGCCACACAGCACAGCCAGGCCGGCCCCACCUCAGGCCCUGCGUACGGGCCACCUCACGCAUACUCGGAGCCUGCAAAGCCCAAGAAGGGCCAGCAGCUGUGGAAUCGCAUGAAGCCUGCCCCAGGCACCGGCGGACUCAAAUUCAACAUCCAGAAACGGCCCUUUGCUGUCACUAGCCAGAGCUUCGGCUCCCCCUCAGACGGCCAGCACAGCACCUUCGGACCCCCGCCGAACCCCGAGAAGGCCCAGAGCCACAGGGGCCCGCUGUCGGGGAAGCCGGACGACUGGCCGCAGGACAUGAAGGAGUACGUCGAGCGCUGCUUCACCGCCUGCGAGUCAGAGGAGGACAAGGACCGCACCGAGAAGCUGCUCAAGGAGCUGCUGCAGGCUCGGCUGCAGGACGGCUCGGCCUACACCAUUGACUGGAGCCGAGAGCCCCUGCCGGGGCUGACUCGGGAGCCUGUGGCCGAGAGCCCCAAGAAGAAGCGGUGGGAGGCUCCUAGCGGCCUCCACCCGCCCAGGGGGGCAGGCCCCGCGGCACGGGGCGGGGGUGCCCAGUCUCAGCGAGGGGCUCCCGGGGCUGGGGGUGCUGGCCGAGCCCGGGGCAGCAGCUUCGCCAAGUUUGGCAACCGCAAUGUGUUCAUGAAGGACAACAGCUCCUCCUCCAGCACAGAGUCCCGCUCCCGCUCCUCCUCCCGCUCCCCGACCCGCCAUUUCCGCCGCAGUGACUCACACACGGACUCGGACACCUCCGACUCGGGGCCCGAGUGCCGGCCUGUGGGCCGCAGGAACCCGCCACCCAAGGGACGGGGCGGUCGGGGCGCCCACAUGGAUCGUGGCCGGGGCCGGGCGCAGCGUGGGAAGAGGCACGACCUUGCGCCCAGCAAGCGCAACCGCAAGAAGCUGGCCCUGGCCGAGUGCGAGGACCCCGAGCGCGAGCUCAAGAGGCAGAAGCGCGCCGCCCGCUUUCAGCACGCACACACCCGCCGCUUGCGUCUCGGGCCCCUGGUGCUUCGCGUAGGCAACCUGGAUGUUGCCGCUGACCCCGACUGGCAGGAGCUGCAGAUCGUGGGCACCUGCUCUGACAUCACCAAGAAUUACCUGCGCCUCACCUGCGCCCCCGACCCAUCCACUGUGCGCCCCGUGACGGUCCUCAAGAAGUCGCUGUGCAUGGUGAAGUCGCAUUGGAAGGAGAAGCAGGACUACGCGUUCGCGUGUGAGCAGAUGAAGUCCAUCCGGCAAGACCUGACGGUCCAAGGCAUCCGCACCGAGUUCACGGUGGAGGUGUACGAGACCCACGCUCGCAUCGCCCUGGAGAAGGGCGACCAUGAAGAGUUUAACCAGUGUCAGACACAGCUCAAGUCGCUUUACGCAGAGAACCUGCCGGGCAACGUGGGCGAGUUUACCGCCUACCGGAUUCUCUACUACAUCUUCACGAAGAACUCAGGAGACAUCACCACCGAGCUGGCCUACUUGACUCGGGCCCUGAAGGCCGACCCCUGCGUGGCGCACGCCUUGGCGCUGAGGGCCGCCUGGGCCCUGGGCAACUACCACCGCUUCUUCCGCCUCUACCAGCGCGCGCCCUGCAUGUCGGGCUACCUCGUGGACAAGUUCGCUGACCGCGAGCGCAAGGCCGCCCUCAAGGCCAUGAUCAAAACCUUCCGCCCUGCGCUGCCCGUCUCCUACCUGCAGGCUGAGCUGGCCUUCGAGGGCGAGGCUGCCUGCCAGGCCUUCCUAGAGCCCCUGGGCCUGGCCUACACUGGCCCGGACAACACCAGCAUCGACUGCCGACUCAGCCUGGCGCAGCUGCCCUCCUUUUGAGUCCCGAUAGGCCCGGCACAGUCUCCCGCCUCAGUGCGAGCAGUUGCCUCUGCCGGAUCAGCCUGGCACAGCUGCCCAUCUUCUGAGUACCCAGGGGCCCGGCGUAGCUGCCCGCCUUCCAAGCUCCAUCGGCCCGGCGUAGCUGCCCGCCUUCUCAGUACCCCGGGCCUGGCGUAGCUGCCGCCUCCCGUGCGUGACCAGCCUGGCGCAGCCGCCAGUGGGUGGGCUCCUGCCGCCUCCACGCCGCCCGUGCGGAUCGUUUUGUUUUUGAGCCAUGAACUUGGGGUGUAAAUUAAUUUGUGGGAAGUGGGCUCCAGGACGAGCUGCCAUCCCGCCCCGCACUUGCAGCGGGUCUGUACAGAGAUUUUUCUACGUUUUUAUUUUUGCCUCCGAGGGCUGGGUGGGAGGAGACAGCGGGGCUGGGCACUGUGUGUCUGUCGCUGUCUGUCCACCUGGCACAUUCACUAAUGCUGUCUCAGUAUUUUCUCUCUCUCUCUCUCGAGCUCGUACUCCGACUCCCCCAGCACGCUGGCCUGUCCCAAGCUGGGGGGCCAGCGGAAGAGGACCGGCCGCCCUCCGCGGGGAACACCUGCACCCCGCCAUCAGCUUCACCAGAGACUCUUUGUUGCCCUCUGUGGCCUCCGCCAGUGGGUGCGGGGAGCUGCCUAGAGACUGAGCCUGCCUGUGGCCCCCCACCCGAGAGAUGCCUCCCACAGCGCCAGACCCUUCAGGACUCCGGAGGCCAGCGUGGGACUCACCGGCCGGCCUCGCCUGCAGUUGUAUUGAGUUGUCUCGUGUCCUUCCUCCCCUACCCCGAUGUCUCCGGUUUUUUUGACCCCCUCCCUUGCCCCCCUGGUUCAGCACAGGUAAAGCCGUUUCCCGCCCUCCCUCCCUCCCGCUCAUGGAUCACCAGCUCACGUCAUGUUCUCCUUUCUUUGUGUGUGUGUUUAUUUCAGUUAUUUUCCUUCUUCCUCCCUUUUCUUUUCGGCCCGCCCUCCCUCUCCUGCCAUGUAACCGGAGGGGUGCCAUGAGCUCACCCGCAGCUGCCCGGCACUGUCAGGCCGAUUCUCCCCGACGCCCCUCUGCCCUCCCCUCCUCCCCCCUUUCCUUCCUUCAUUCUUUCCUUGGAGCGCUGAGCACCACUUGGAAGCUUGAGAGAAGCCAAAAUUAAAGAGAGAGAGAGAGAGAGAAAAAA